AGCUGUUUUGAGCGAGCCAUGAUGCAUAUCAUAUCAGAUGUGUGUUUUAUAGUGGGCAGGGCAGCUUUAAACCACUCAUGAGUGAUUGGGCACACACCUGACUUGAAUUGUUUGGAAAAAAUUGGUUUCAAUUGCUCUUUAAAUCUUCUUAGGCAGACUGUUCUCUUACUUAUUUUUCCCCCUUCUGUCAUUGUUUGCAUGCUAUCAUUAAAACCUAUACAUGUUUGGGUGGUAUUAGUUAAGGCAGACACUGUUUUUACAUCGGUGGGAUUUAGACAAAGAUCAGAACACAUUUGAUGGUGAUUUUAUAGUAAAAUGUGAGAAAUUCCAAAAGGUUCAGAUACUUUUUCAUACCACUGCAUACUGUAAAUUAUUAAUACUAUGACUCCUCACGUUUUUCAACUGUACACAUCAUCCAUAUCGUUUUUCAUGCUGUGUUGAUUAUGGUCUGUUGGACACAUCCAGAUGCGGGGCCUGCAUGCAUGCUGGGAGGUUGAAUGGGGAGGAGACUUGACACACGGGGUGGUGCAGUGUGUCUGCAAAGUCCUCCUGCACUCACGGGUCGCAUGAAGGUGGAGGACAGUCUCAGCACAUUGAGCCCAAGUUUUGUGAGAGUCUGACGACCUCCCAGAGCGACCAUGAGAGCCCUCCUCUUAAUCUGCAUGCCAGUUGUGCUUCUUGCCCAGCCUCAGUACCAGGAACCCUUUCCUUUUUUGGAGGACUAUGGGCCUGAUUAUUUUCCAGAACGUCCAGAUUCUGAGAAUCACGAUUCUGCUCCUGGAAACUUCCAGCAGCAGGUUCGGGUUGAUCCCGCGAUCCGUCCAGAAAAAACAGAUUUUGAGACGGAGCCCACAGAGCCAGGUCCUCUCGAUUGCAGAGAAGAGCAAUAUCCUUGCACCAGACUCUACUCCGUGCACAAACCAUGCAAACAGUGCCUGAACAGUCUCUGCUUCUACAGUCUGAGGCGUGUGUACGUCAUCAACAGGGAGGUGUGUGUUAGGACCGUGUGUGCACAUGAAGAGCUGCUCAGAGCCGACCUGUGUCGGGACCAGUUCUCACGCUGUGGUGUGGCGGCGGUGAGUGGGCACUGCGGGUCUGUUGGAGGAAGCUGUGGAAAGAGCUGCGGUGGUGGCUGCUGAUGGAGACCACUUUGAGCCAUUACAGCCAUCUUACUUUUCAUUACUUCUCCCGUAUGUCCUAUAAUGCAGUGUUUCCCAAUCUUUGUUGAUACAAGGCACAUAUUUCUCAUGAUAAGAACCUCAUGGUACAUGACCAAACAAAAAUUUAACAAUUGGUACAUUGUAUACACAGUGGACCCUCCCUAGUUGAAGUUCAGCAGUUAAGGAUUUUGGGGCAAAACUGAUUUACUGUUUUAGUGACAUAGUAUAAAACAAAAACAGCAUUUCUUUGUCGCCAUUUGCCAUUAACUUGAUGCAAAGAUUUACUUAAUGUUGCUGUGAGUUACGGAGCUUCAUUUACACAGUCAUUUGUCGCCAUCUUGUAACAACUAUAUGCAAUGUCAUUUUAAGAAGGCGUCAAUUACAACGAUGGCUUGAGAUACAGGUUUCAUUUCUUCAGUGACCACGCUCGUAAUUCAAAACAUCUAGCGCUGUUGAAUUAUAUGGAAAUUUAAUUUGUUCUAGCCCCAUCGAUAAAACACCAAAAUUAAAUUUAACAUGUUUUUUUCCUAAGAAAACUUGCACUCCAUAUCUGCAUGUGAACUACUGCAUAAGAACUGUAAAAAUACAGUAACACUCGCUCUCUACACAGCACGAAAACAUUGAAAAUAUGAACAUAAAAACACAACUGUACCAUAUACUAUGUAUUGCCCUUCCUUGUUUGUCUUCUAUAAUGUUUACGGGUGGUAGGCAAAGCAGCUUCUAGUGUGAACUGACGGUAAAUUGAAGUUGUGUGCUGGCACGAUCUAUUGGUGGAGGCUUGAAAUGCACUCGUAUCUCAAGAAGACGACAUAAAAUCUCGAAACAAGUUAAGUUAAUCGUCUUUCAUUUUAAUUUAUGAUUCAUAGUUAUUGGCAGCAGGGCUUGAUUGUCAUGGCCUGUAGGGGGGUUCACUGUAUACAGCAAUGGUGAUCAUGUCUGAGUUCAUAAAUUGACUUACAGUGAAAUCUGGACCUUUUUAGUUUAAAGCAAUGCUAUUGUUCUGUUGUAAGAAUGGCAACUGGUGGAUAUAUAUUUUAGAUUAAAAGAGUGUCACAAUUAUGUAGAUAGAUGAACAAAGAUACAUUAUUUGUAUUCAAUUAAUAAGAGUGAAUUUGAGUAGUCUUUGAUGGCACACCUGAAAAUCUAGUUGUUGGGAAUCACUGCUUUAAUGACACCUCUUAAUUGUCACACAUCAAUGUUUGCCUUUCCCCCUCACAUGUAUGAGCCUGCGUGUAUAGAUCAGUAUAUUCCAAAGAAGCUUGAUGAUUGUACAAAUCACUGGUGCUAUAAACUCAUCACACUGGUGCUGUAUUAGAAGUGCAACUAGCUGCGGAGACCUCUCCGUUUGAUUUGCGUACUGUACUGUAUAUUAAUAGAAUAGCAUGCUUUGUAUUUGUUGGUUUCUUAUACUGUACUUAAAAGAAAAACAAUCAAUCAGUCAAAUCAUUGUCACUGACGCCAGCCAAGAAGAUGACCUCAGCUUUUUGAGCAGCAAGCGCGCAACAAAAUGCUUUAAAAAGGCCUCUCACAGAGCACAACUGCUGCUUUGUAAAA